AACUAAAUUGGGGCGUGAGUUAAGGGCUUAAAUAAUCAGAUGUCUAUGUAAAGUUAUGCUAUUCAAAACAAAAAUAUUUCGUGUUUAUAGUUUUAAUGAAAAGUUAGAGAGAAAUUAAAAAAUGCUGUUAAUAUGCAAUUUACGUUCAUUUUCUAGACCGAUAAUUUCAAAACAUUUUCAAAUGCGUAAUGUACAUUAUAUUCAAGGUCAGGAACCUGAACCAAAAAUUAGAGAAUAUUUUUAUUUUAUUGAUCAUCAAGGGAUGUUAUUUUUAGAUGAUUCUAAGAUGAAAAACUUCACAUCGUGUUUUAAGGAAAAGAAGUUUCUACAAUUUUUCUUCAAGAGGAUUCGUAUUAAUCACACUGGCAGAUACGAAGAAGACUUUCCUUUUAUUUCACUAUGUGGCAGAGAAAGAAACUUUAUAAGAUGUGAUGAUGUUCCUAUUGUUUAUACACAUGUUCUUAAUAUUGACAACAGUGAUUUUCUUAGUUAUGGGUAUGCAGGAGACUUACUCGUAUCAAAAUUUAUGCCUGAUAAAAUUUAUAUGUUGCCCAGUACAGGCAGAGUAUAUCACCCUACUGAUGAAAAAUAUGGUGGGGUAGGAUUAGUAAAAUCAAAACUAGCCAUUGAAUUUAGUAAAAAUUUUGAAUUUCAUAAUAGUGAAACAAAUGCACCAACACACUUUAAGUGGCAAAAUAAUACAUAUGAACUAGAUCAAAAUUGGUUUAUGGAGCAGGUAACGAAACAUAAAUUGACUAUUCGUUCUGAAUCAGACUAGAUGAAUGAAAUUUUAUUUAAUUAUUCCAAAUAGCUUGAACAAAAUUGAGAUUACUUAUUGAAGUAAAUAAAAUAAUCAUUGAUAAACACAAUAAUUUAUUAGGUGGUUCAAUUAAUAGAACAAUACGAAUAUUAUCACAGGAUGUUAAUUAUGGCGUAUUUAAAUGAACUUUUGUUUGUAUAUUAACCUUUGUAAAUAUGUAAUGAUAAGAAUAAAUAUAUAUGUAAGCUA